AUGACUGACAAGUUUGACCACGAUUCCACUGAUACAUCCCCUCAAUUCUACCUGGAUGGGGAUAUAUACCCUUUCACUUGGAGUCGCGUGAUCUCGGAUCAUGUUGACACGAACGACUUACCUUCUCUUGACUACGCUCUCUAUCUUUUCCAGAUUGUACGUUUCCGUCUUGGUCAAAAAUAUCGUCUCUUCGAUCACGACAUAUUCACUACCCAAUUGCACAAAUUCUACGACCAUCAUAAUGAAGCUGUUCAGCCUCGCUUUUGGUUUGUUCAAUACUUCGCAGUGCUUGCGCUUGGUCAUGCGUUCAUUUCGAGGCCUCGCAAUCAGAGCGAUCCACCAGGAUCAAAAUACUUUGCACGUGCCAUGGCUGCUAUGCCGAGCUUCAUAGCUACUUGA